GAGGGCGGGGCCUGGGACACGGAGGAGAAGGAGGGGAAGGGAAGGGAGAGCGCCGGAGGCGGCUCAGGGUCAAGAGGGGCACUGGGCUGCAGCCGCUGCGGCCGGCCAGGCCCGGGACAGAUUUUAUGUAGGAUAGAUUGUGGAUGAAAAGGGGAUCUUCUGAAGGACAUCGUUAAAAGUGAAUUGUCCCGAGUUGUCCAAAAGGUGAUUCAGACCAUGGGUAUGUCCACAUCCACUCCUGCUGUUGCAGUGCAGGUCUCAACUGCUUCACAACAUCAGGCAGGCCCUCCUCCUUCAGGAUGCCCGAUGCAUGAAAGAAAAGAAAAAGGUUGUCCAUUGAAUGUAAACCCAUCUGACAAAACUUGUGAAAGUCAAUCUAACUCAGUACCUGCACAUCAGGAUCGAGCCUAUGAAUAUGUGGAAUGUCCUGUAACAUCAGCUGCCUAUCAAAAUAAAGAUAACAUUGAUCCUUCAAACAUGAUGCCACCGCCUAAUCAGACACCAUCCCCUGGUCAGCCGUUUGCACUAUCAACUGUUAGGGAAGAGUCAUCGAUUCCUAGGGCAGAUUCAGAAAAAAAGUGGGUUUACCCUUCAGAACAGAUGUUUUGGAAUGCCAUGUUAAGAAAAGGGUGGAAGUGGAAAGAUGAUGACAUCAGUCAGAAAGAUAUGUAUAAUAUUAUUAAGAUUCAUAAUCAGAAUAACGAACAGGCUUGGAAAGAGAUCUUAAAGUGGGAAGCUCUUCAUGCUGUUGAGUGCCCAUGUGGGCCAACACUGAUCCGGUUUGGAGGUAAAGCUAAGGAAUAUUCACCAAGAGCUAGAAUUCGCUCAUGGAUGGGAUUUCAGUCUGGAUGUUUGGAGCAUGUUGACUUGGAGUUAUGGGGAGAAAUUUUGAUAGAAAUCUCCUUCAGAAAUUUGGAAAGAUAUGAAUUGCCUUUUGACAGACAUGACUGGAUUGUUAAUCGUUGUGGAACGGAAGUUAGAUAUGUUAUUGAUUAUUAUGAUGGUGGAGAAGUGAAUAAGGACUAUCAGUUUACCAUCUUGGAUGUCCGUCCUGCUUUUGAUUCUCUUACAGCUGUUUGGGACAGAAUGAAGGUAGCUUGGUGGCGCUGGACUUCAUAACUAUUGUUUUAUUUUCCUUUAAGAAAGAAAACUGUUAUUUCUUUUAAAGAGACACAUUAAACUAUUUUCUCAAUUUGUUGUUGAAUUGAUGUGGUAUGUGAUUUAAAUCCAUAAUAAUGUUUAUGUUGAUUAAUAGUUACGCAAUUCAUUUGUGAACUCACAUGCUACCUUGCAAUGACAAAAAUUAUGUGAAGGUUUCUGCUAUCUAGUUUGCAUUUCCCUCAUCUUGUUCCCAUUAGGACUUCAAUAUCUCAAAGGCAUUGCAUUAUAAAAUUAAUGAGAUUAUAUAAAACAUUUAACUCUUGUUUUUUUAAAAAAAGUAAAUUUUUUAUUUAGCUUUGUUUUAUUUUUAAGUACUUGAAAGUAGAUGUGUGAAAACUAAACUUGAUGUUUGCUUCUUACCCACUAUAUUAAUUGCCUAGGAAAUUGACAUAAGUUUUUGUAUGACAGGUAAUUUUUUGAAGAUAAAAUAUAGCAUAAUGAUUGCUGCAUAUUAAGACUAUGCUGGAAACAUAUUUAGUAUAGUUAAAUCAGUUUUGUACCUCCACAUUUUCAUUUAGAUUUAACUUUCUUACAAAAGUGAUGUGAAUUAUAAAAUGGUUCAGUGAUAGAAAUCUUAUGGAUCAUGUAAAACAGUUUCUAGUAUAAUAUACUAACUUUGAAAUUUGACAGACCAUGUUUUAAGGACUUUUUCACACUAUUAAAAGCAUGACUUAAUAAUGCAUGAAGAGCUUCUCCCCUUUAAGGCAAGUUUAAUAGGCAUGUUUUAUACUUAGAUUAGAUACACAAAAUGUUAAAUUCUUUUAUCAUAUUCAUACUGGUUUUGUGGGGAUUUUUAUUCUUUUCAUAAUAGUCCUUAAGAUAAUUUGUUUCAUAAAAAAUAAAAUUAAUAGUGAAUUUUUUGUUCUUCUAGGAAGAUUUUUUUUUGGUUGAUGAUUUGAAUAGGCCUGGUAAUAUUUGAUGCAGGAGGCAGUGUGGUGGGUCCAUAGCGUGCUAGACUUGAAAUCAAACCCUGCCUCUGCCACUUCCUACUGCAUUGCUUUAGUCUGAAUUUUCUUAGGUAUAAAAUGGGUACUGGUACCUGCGGUACCUCCCUGGAGAAACAGUUUGGUAUUUAGCUGCAGCACCAGCCAUGUGGAGUAAAGACAACUUGGAUCAAGAUCUGUUUCUAACCCAUACUAGCUCUGUGAUCAUGGUUAUGUUACUUAAACUUAGUGUUCCAGACAACUCUUUAAAACUGAAGUUACAGAUGAGCUGCUAAUUUGCAUCAUUGAAUGAACCUUUUACACUAGGUGCUUCCCACUGGGUUGAAAUCACAGGUCCAGACAUAGGGUUAUUGUGAGGCUAAAAUUAGAUAAUGUACAUAAAAUUCCUUGAAAACUUUUAAGUACUAAGUCUAUUGUUAUUAAUUGGUUAAGCACUUAGUAAAAAUUAAGUUUUUAAUGAA